UUCUCUAUUAUCUCUUUUAAAGAGACUGGAAUAAAGAAACCAAGCAUUAAGACGUUUGCACAUCGUGGACGAGAUGUGGAUGGUUACACACAAUAUGAGGCUGACUUUGUAAUUCCUGAAGACUUUGGGGAGGUUGGAGCAGUUUUAGUACAAAAUGAGCACCACAAGGAAAUGUAUGUCAAGAAUAUAGUAAUUGAUGGCUUUCCCCAUGGCAUAGUUAAUAUUACUUGCGAUUCUUGGGUUCACUCCAAAUUUGAUGAUCCUGAGGAAAGGAUUUUCUUCACCAACAAGUCAUAUCUACCAUCUCAAACACCAAGUGCAAUAAAGAGAUUAAGAGAAAAAGAACUUGUAAUAUUGAGAGGUGAUGGAAUUGGACAACGUAAAAAGUUCGAGAGAGUAUAUGAUUAUGAUGUUUACAAUGAUAUUGGAGAUCCUGAUGCCAGUGAUGAUACUAAAAGACCAGUACUUGGUGGUAAUGAAUUCCCUUAUCCUAGAAGAUGCAGAACUGGUGGCCCACGAAGCGAGAAAGGUACUCCCGACGCUUCAAUUUAUAUGACACAUUUAAAAAAAAAAGAAUGUAACCUAAAUUAGGACAAAAAGAGUAUAUACUAUAUAUUUUUAUACUCUACAAUAACACUGUAAAUAAUUUUUAUAUAAUUAUGUUACUUUCUGAUUGUUUGUCGUGUUGUCCAGAUGCUAAUUUUACUUAUUAUGGAUAGUUAUCCGUGAUUAUCUUUGAAGUGACAUGAUAAUAUAAUUUUUUUAUUAAGUUUAAUUUAUAGAAGUUAAACUUUGAUUGGAUCUAAAUUAUAUACAUUAACCAUGUAACAUAAUAUGUUACCAUAACUUGCAUGUUACCAAACUGCUUGUUAUAGAAAAUAACGAUAAAGAUUUAAGUUAUAUAAAUUGAUAAUAUA